UGCUGACAGCGUUCCCCAACCCUUCCCGACAACUGGUCGUUCAGUACGAUCGUCACUAGUUACCACUCCCAGAAAGUCAGAAACCCCUCUUAUUUCAAAAAUGUAUCUUCCUAUAAUGUGAUUUUAACCUGAACUCUAACCCUAAAUUAAGAAGUAAAAGCAAUUGUAUUUAUUUAUGAAUUGUUUCGCUAUAGUCACAUGUUCCGUUCAAUUGAACGUUCCAAACGUAAAAACGUACUGAACGCAGCCCAGGCAGCGGUGUGUUCAGAGCUGAUGGCGGUGGUGGCGGGUAGCGGACCGCAGAACUGGCCGGUGGAGAGGAGGGGAUAACGUGGCUUUUUUUAGUCCACAAGUUGUGAGAUCGAAAAUUAACUUCGACAAGGCUUGACCAGAUUACAUUCACUAAAUGAUUUGAAACUCUCCGGCUUUGAUUUCUUUAUCAAGCGGGUAGCUACGGUAGUGUAGGCCUCAAGCCUCGGAUAAAGUUGUCGUCUGAUCCUGGGAUUGGGAAUCCAAGAAAGAUCUCUCACGCCAGUCCCAUCUCGGACAAUUGGGAAUCCCUGUUCGGAAACUAUUUGGGAUCCAUGCUUUGAAGAACUAGCUAGUGGCAUAUGAGUGGAGUAGUUUUUUUCUUUAAAUGAUUGUUUAAACGGCAGCUCCGGAGGCGUUGCUGCAUAUUGGCAAAGUUAUUAAAGGGACGAGCUAACUAGUUAAUCUAUCCUACAGACAAUGUUCCAUUGCUGCUAGCUGAUUUCGCAAAGGAAUGCCGAAUGGAUGAAUGGGCAACCGCUUGUAUAAUGCUCGGAUUUAAACAGCUGCUUGAUGAUGACCUCAGUGUUACAAACAAUUCGUUUUGUUAGUUAACAACCCUGUAAAUAAAAGAGCAUAGAGCACUCGAACAAACGUCGAUUUUUAUUUUGCUGUGCAGGCAGCAAUCUGAUUCAUGGUGCGGACGGAUCACACACUCAGAUGGCCAGGGUUGCAAUUUAUUGACAUUACUGGUCAACAAUUUAGUUGACCAUUUACGUGUUUCUCUCAUCUCUGUUUUAAUUACAGACGUGUUUUUUUUAAAUCCUAGGACUUGUAGCUGAAUCAUAGGCUUAUGUAAUGUAUGUAUGCAGCAGUAAAGCUAAAUAUAUGGCAGCCUUGAUUUGAAGGAACUUUGCACUACUUAAAUAGUGUUGAGGUUAUCCCAGGUUUGGAAUGGGGAAUACGGUUUCAUGCUGCGUGUCGCCCGAGGAGAGCCCAAAGCUACCAAGGCAACCGGUGGACCGCAACGAAGACUAUCAAAUAAUUACGGACGUGAGUGACGACACCGGCCCGUACCUGCAGCACAUCAGCGACAGAGAAGUCCCUGACGAACUGGCCCAGGAGUCCAACCCAUCAGACCAUGCCCGAGCCAGCACCAUCUUCCUCUGCAAGUCCCAGACAGACAGCGAAUUGCGAGACAAGAGGAAAAGCAAUCACAUUAACCAUGUUAGUCAUACCUCUCCUCUCUCUAAGAAGUACAGUUCCUGUUCCACCAUCUUUAUAGAUGACAGCACGGUCAGCCAGCCCAACUUGAAAAGCACAAUUAAAUGUGUUACAUUAGCAAUAUACUACCACAUUAAAAACAGGGACUCAGACAGGUCACUGGACAUUUUUGAUGAGAAGAUGCACCCCUUAUCGAGAGAGCAGGUCCCUGACAACUACUCUGUUAUGGACCCUGAGCACAAACUCAUCUACCGCUUUGUCAGAACUCUGUUCAGCGCUGCACAGCUCACUGCAGAGUGUGCCAUCGUCACCUUGGUGUACCUGGAGCGUCUGCUGACCUACGCUGAGAUAGACAUCUGUCCCUGCAACUGGAAGCGUAUCGUACUGGGAGCCAUCCUGCUGGCGUCCAAGGUGUGGGACGACCAGGCCGUGUGGAACGUAGACUACUGCCAGAUCCUCAAAGACAUCACCGUGGAGGACAUGAACGAGAUGGAGCGUCACUUCCUGGAACUUCUGCAGUUCAACAUCAACGUCCCGGCCAGUGUUUAUGCUAAGUACUACUUUGACCUGCGAUCUCUGGCCGAGGACAACAACCUCCUCUUUCCCCUCGAGCCACUCAGCAACGACAGGGCACAGAAACUGGAGGCCAUCUCCAGACUGUGUGAAGACAAGUACAAGGACCUGAGCCGAGCGGCCAUGAGGAGGUCCUUCAGCGCUGACAACCUGGUGGGCAUCCGCCGUUCCAACGCUGUGCUCUCAUAGGCCAGCCACACUUCAGCGCUGUGCUCUCAUAGGCCAGCCACACUUCAACGCUGUGCUCUCAUAGGCCAGCCACACUUCAGCGCUGUGCUCUCAUAGGCCAGCCACACUUCAGCGCUGUGCUCUCAUAGGCCAGCCACACUUCAACGCUGUGCUCUCAUAGGCCAGCCACACUUCAACGUUGUGCUCUCAUAGGCCAGCCACACUUCAACGCUGUGCUCUCAUAGGCCAGCCACACUUCAACGCUGUGCUCUCAUAGGCCAGCCACACUUCAGCGUUGUGCUCUCAUAGGCCAGCCACACUUCAGCGUUGUGCUCUCAUAGGCCAGCCACACUUCAGCGUUGUGCUCUCAUAGGACAGCCACACUUCAGCGUUGUGCUCUCAUAGGCCAGCCACACUUCAACGCUGUGCUCUCAUAGGCCAGCCACACUUCAGCGUUGUGCUCUCAUUAGUCAGCGACAAAUCUGUCACUCCAACGCUGUGCUCUCAUAGGCCAGCCACACUUCAGCGUUGUGCUCUCAUUAGUCAGCGACAAAUCUGUCACUCCAACACUGCUCUCUCAUAGGACAGCCACACUCCAACAUUGUGCUCUCACUGGACAGACACAAUGGUGGAGUUAAUUUCGCAUGGCCCUGUGUCCCGGGUGGGGGAAGUUUGCUCAUUUUAGACUUCCAUUGGUCCUUAAGUGAAAAGUCCACCCGCCUGGAGCACUGAGCCAUGCAAAAUUAACUCCACCAAUAUCUGACCUCUACAGCCCAACCAACACCCCAGGAUACCCGCCACACACCCAGCCCCUCAGAGACUGGUUGAGGCAGCACCAUAGGCCCUGCCUGUCCCAUCCCAGACCCUCUGAGAGACUGGUUGAGGCAGCACCAUAGGCCCUGCCUGUCCCAUCCCAGACCCUAAGCGCAAAAUAACUUCUUCACUACAUAGAAAGAAGGGGAAAAAUACUUUUUUUUUUUUUUGGUGCUUACUAUGUAGGCUACUAGCUGUGAAAUGUACCUGUUUUUAAAUGGAAAAUAAUUUGGAGAUGGAGUAUUUUAAAUAAACACUUAACAUGUAACAAA